AUGUAUCUCACUAUCUAUCUAUCUAUCUAUCUAUCUGAAUCUAUCCAUAUCUAUCUAUUGAUCUACCCCAGUUUAUUCAUAUCUAUCUAUCUAUCUAUCUAUCUAUCUAUCUAUCUAUCUAUCUAUCUAUCUAUCUAUUUGUUUAUAUCUGUUUAUAUCUAUCUAUCUAUCUAUCUAUGUAUCUAUCUAUCUAUCUAUCUAUCUAUCUAUCUGAAUCUAUCCAUAUUAUUCAUUGAUCUACCCCAGUUUAUUCAUAUCUAUCAUUAUCUAUCUAUCUAUCUAUCUAUCUAUCAUCUAUCUAUCUAUCUAUCUAUCUAUCUAUUUGUUUAUAUUCAUAUCUAUCUAUCUAUCUAUCUAUCUAUCUAUCUAUCUAUCUAUCUAUCUAUCUAUCUAUUUGUUUAUAGUUAUUUAUCAUUAGUCUGUUUAUAUCUAUCUAUCGAUGUAUCUAUCUAUCUAUCUAUCUAUCUAUCUAUCUAUCUAUCUAUCUAUCUAUCUAUCUAUCUAUCUGAAUCUAUCCAUAUCUAUCUAUUGAUCUACCCCAGUUUAUUCAUAUCUAUCUAUCUAUCUAUCUAUCUAUCUGUUUAUAUUUAUCUAAGUCUGUUCUCACAAAUUGUUGAGAUCUGUUUAUCUUUUGUUUCUCCUUUUCUUUCUUCUUCUGUCCAUCGCCUUCUCGAAUCUACUUUUACUUUUUUGUCGUCUGCAAUUUUAAUCUGCAUUGCUUUGUUUUCUACAGAAAUUCUCGACCUUUCUCAUCUCUUUUCAUUUUCUUUCUCAUGCUUUUCAAAGGAUUUAGGUUCACAUUUCCCAUCAUUCUCUUCGCGCAUUAAAUUCUUUCAACUCUUUUUUCCAUUCAUUUUCUCUUUCUCGGCCUAA